AUUUUACGCUUAAACUAAAAAAAGGCCUCGCCACCGUAUAUUGCAUUGCGACAAAAGUUUGUGUUGGUUCUCCUUUGUGUUGUUUCAAAAUAUUAUGAUGUUCUUUUUAAUCCAAAAAUAUCGAUAUUACUCUAUCAUUACUGUACUUAUUCAAAAGUAAAUAAGAGCAAGUACAGCUUUUUCAUAGUGCCAAUGUAGAAAUGUAUUUGCCAUUAGCGUAUAUUGACUGCCAGCUUCCAACAAUUAUAAAAAUAUAAUCCACUAUUUUUGUAUCAACUGUGUGUCCAACAGACUAUAUUAUUAAAUUAAAGUUUGAUCGGUGCAAAAGCUAAAAUUUCUGCAGCUAGUGAUUUCUACGAUUUGCACGGUAUUGAGCAUGAGAUGCAUAGAUGUGUAGUACUCACAAUUCUAUCAGAAGAGAUGUGGUAAGUGGAGGACAGACUAGCAGAGCCCUGUAUCUGACUGAACCUGUACUCUGUGCGACAGUUCCGCGUAUGUGGAGAGGCUCUGAGACGUCAUUCAAUUCUGAUAGCAUUCGUAGAUUCUCUGACCUUGAACCAAAUAGUUCGGUGAAGUCUUCUUAUCAGCGAAGCCCGAAUCUAAAACAGAGCAAUCGUUUCAUAACGCCUCUCCGAAUGGGCUGGUCGCUGGCGAUUGCGCUAGUGGAUCAACAUCAACCCAUUCACAGUUUUACCGAAGCCACAAUGCCAAAAGGCCAGAAUGCACGGAAGAAAGAGAACCUGCUUCUUGGGAUGCUCGGCUUCCUGGUACUCUUCUUGGAUCAGUGGGGAGCAGUGGCUGGGAUGCGAUGCAAGGUGCCCUACGAGAAGGUGCAGGAGAAGUACUGCUACUUCAUAGCCGACGAAGAGCCGCUGCACACCUCGUUCCACAACUUCUGCUACCAGGACAAAAAGACUUCGCGCGUCUGCCUAGACAGCGACGAAGAGAUGCGAAUCCUGGCGCGGCACCUCUACGAGAUCGGCUUCCAGAACGGCACCCAGUUCUGGAGCGCCGGCCACCGCUGGCCCGGCGACAUGCGCUUCUACUGGAACUAUUUCGGCCGCGCCCGGGCUCUUAACUACUCGAACUGGGCUCCGGAAGAGCCCACUCCCCUCAUGGGCCGUAACUGUCUGAUUCUCACGCUACGGGCCGGAGAGCUGUUCAUGAGCAGUGAGUCGUGCUACACCCGAGCCGUCGAUAUCUGCGAGCAGACGCUCAACACCGAAAGCGGGUCGCGAACGGUUAUUCACUAAUAGAAGACAGGCGUGGCAGUAUCAGUCUUUCCAAAUUCUCUUGCUUCCAUUUUUAAAAGGUCUGUGCAACUACAUGAAAUCGAUGAAAUAAGUAUUGUUUCAAAUAACAGUUAGGCUCGAGGCAUCAGAUAUUGCAAAAUAUUAAAGAUCUUAUUGCAUACUUUCGUGUACGAGUCUCACUGGGAAAAUGCUAUCGCUGGAGUAAAAGAGAGAGGUAGAGUAGACCACUAACAAAUCGAGAGGGAACGUUGUGAAGUGGGGUUCGUUGACGCCUUGAGAGAGUGAAAUCAAAUCAGUUGCUCACACGCUGUGGCAAGUGAACCGACAGUCGGAUGACUUAAAAAAUGAGAAUAUUUUCAAUUUUAUGCCUUUGCCUGUUGGCGGUUUGGCAGAGUGAGGCCACGUUCGAUCUGGUCGGCAAAGGGCUCUACUAUAUAGGCAAUGAAGAUGGCACUUUAAGAAACUGUGACUGGUUUCAUUCGAGAAGAGACUGCUGGAAGCACAACAGCCAGCUAGUGUCCGUGGAAACGAUCGAGGAGUUAAAGGCGCUCGAGGACUACGCGCUGUCCAAGGGCUUCGCCGAUGGCAGCACCUUUGCCACGUCAGGCCACAGCUUCGACAGUGAAAUACCCUACUCCUGGGAGGGCGUCAAGCAGCCGCUGACCUUCACCCGCUGGAUGCCCGGUACGGAAAAGCCGCUGUCCAAAAGCUAUCUCAGUCUGGUGCUGUCCAACUCGACAUUGUAUAUGAGGAGAUCUUUCGGGUACGACAACUACUAUAUCUGCGAGUAUCAGCCAGCGCUUCUGCGUCUUUGGCUAUCAAUGAGCACUACGAACUGGAUGGUACUGGCAGGUUCAGUGCUCAUUUCCAUUCGCUGCAUGAUAUUUUUGUGCAGUCGAAAGACAAGAGCGAAGGCAAAAGUAUCUGACAAAGAAAAGCUCAUGUCAACAGCAGAUUCAGUAUGACGCACAAUGUACAUUCAUAAAUGUUCAUAAAUAAAGCAGAAAAAACCAA